AUGUUCAUUGCUCGCGCUGCGGCUGGCGCGCCAGUGCCAAGCAUCCGCACCUUCGCAACUGCCUCACCCGUCAGUGCCGCCCGCAACCACAAGGUCGUCGUGGUCGGCGGCGGUACAGCCGGCCUGGCCGUCAGUCACCAGCUGCUGCAAUCAGGCAAGUUCAAGCAGGAUGACAUUGCUGUGGUCGACCCGGCUGAGUUCCACCACUACCAGCCCGGCUGGACCCUCGUCGGCGGCGGUCUCAAGACGAAGGAAGAGCUGCGCCGACCCAUGAAGAGUCUCAUCGACCCCAAGCUCAAGCACUAUAAUGACAGCGUGGCCACUUUCGCACCGGAGAAGAACAUCGUUACUCUCGGCAAUGGCGACAGCGUCAACUACGAGCAAUUGAUCGUUGCGCCCGGCCUUGCCCUCAACUGGGGUGCUAUCAAGGGCCUUCCCGAGGCGCUGGCCGAUGCCUCUGCACCCGUCUCUUCGAUCUACGGCUAUGACAGCGUCAGCAAGGUCUUCGGAACCAUCCAGAAGCUGGAGAAGGGUAAUGCCUUCUUCACCCAACCCGCUGGCGCCAUCAAGUGCGCCGGUGCCCCUCAGAAGAUCAUGUGGUUGGCGCUGGAUCACUGGAAGCGCGCGGGUCGGUAUGAUCCGUCCAGUCCGUCAUCGUCGGCUAUUCAGAUCAACUUUGCUACCGGCAUGCCGGUCAUGUUCGGUGUGCCGAAGUACAACCAGGUCCUGACGGCCAUGCAGCAGGAGCGCGGCGUCAACGCUCUCUUCCAGCACGAUCUGGUCGCCAUUGACGGUAACACCGCGACAUUUGCCCGGCCAGAUGGUCAGGAACAGGUCUCGAAGAAAUUCGAUCUGCUGCACGUUGUGCCCAAGAUGGGUGCGCCCGCUUUCAUCAAGAACAGCGCUCUCGCGAACGAGGGCGGCUUCGUCGAUGUUGACGAUGGAACUACCCAACACAAGAAGUUCACCAAUGUCUGGUCGGCUGGUGAUGCUUCCAGCUUGCCUACUUCCAAAACCGCGGCUGCGGUCACUUCGCAGGCGCCCAUCCUCGUGCGGAACCUGCUCCAGACGAUGGAGGGCAAGAAGGCCGAUGCGAUCUACGAUGGCUACACUUCGUGCCCACUGCUGACCGAGUACGGCAAGGUUCUGCUGGCCGAGUUCAAGUACGGCGGAGUGCCCAAGGAGACCUUUGGUGACUGGUUCGGUGUUGACCAGGCUGUCCCGCGUCGGUCGUUCUACCACCUGAAAAAGGACUUCUUCCCUUGGGUGUACUACAACUCGAUGGUCAAGGGCGACUGGGCUGGACCGAAAGGAUGGAUCAAUUAA